AUGAAUUAUAGAGAGACUAAACAGAGUGAAUUUAUUGAUAAUGAUCAUUCUUGUAAAUAUUGUAACAAUCCAACUGUUUGUAAAUGCAAAGAGUGUAAUGUUUAUUACUGUAAUGAUUCUUCUGAUGGUAUAAGUCAUAUUAUCUACCACAUGGUCAAAUCUAAACACAUUGAAUUAAUUAUCAAUGAUAGACUUAUUUACUGUGAGAAUUGUAAACAAACUAAUUUAUUUAAAAUGGGUUACACUAUUGAAAAUGAGUCUUUAAGUUCAGAUUUAAUUGAACAUUUAAAGGGAUUAUCAAUUGAUGACAUAAAAAGCAAUAAGAGUUAUUUAACUAACUUGAAAUUUUUUUGUAAAUUUUGUGGAGAUCAUAAACCUAUAAUUAAAAAUAAGGUUUUAGACUUUUUAGAAAGUUAUAUUUCUGAUGUGGAUAUUAAAUCUUUUGAAAAGAAUUCUUUACCGAUUGUUAGAGUCAAUUUUACUCCAUUUAGUUAUAUGGAAACGUUUAAAACUUUAAUUAAAGCUGAAUCAUUAAAAGAGAAAGAUAUUAAAGAGUCUAUGAAACAAGAAAAUGUUAAGUUAAGACUUGAAGAAAAUUAUGUUUAUUUUUGUUAUAGAAGAACUAAUGAAUUAAAGAUUAAUAUUUCUGAUGAGAUUAGAUUUUCUAGAAAAAAUGUUAGUUUUAUUGGAGUUGUUUGUAGAGAUCAAUUUACUGAUGAAUUAAAAGUUGAAAUUAAUGAAUCUGAUAUUGAUAAAGUACUAGCCAAUAAUAUUUUUAAUGUUGAAUUUAUAUUGAAGAGUGUUUGUUAUGACAGGAUGAAAAACGCUUUAAACAAACUUUAUAAAGAUAGAAAUAAGAAUUUAAUUUUUAAAUUAAUAUUAUCAAAUCAAUGGUUAAAUGAAAAUACAGGUGAAUCUAAAUUAUUUAAAGAAAAUCUUAAUGGGGAAAUUAAGAAUAUUUUAGUUCCUAAUAAUUUUCCAACUCUAAAUGAUAGUCAAGCAGUAGCAGUUAAAGCAUCUCUUAAUAAAACAUUAACUUUAAUACAGGGACCACCGGGAACAGGAAAAACGUUUGUAUCAGCUGUAAUAGUUUAUAAUUUUGUUAAGUUAUUUAAAAAGAAAGUAUUAAUUGUAGCUCCAUCUAAUACAGCAGUUGAUCAAUUAGCAAUAAAAAUUAAUUCAACAGGAAUUAAAGUACUCAGAGUUAUGAGUAGAAGAAAAGAAAGUGAGAAAACUGAAAUAGAUUUUUUAUCUCUUCAUACUUUAGUUAAAUCAUUUAAAGUUGAUGUUAAAGAUGAGGGAAUUAUAAAAGAUGAGUUAAUCAAAGCAGCAGAAGUGGUUUGUUGUACUUGUGUUACUGCUGGAAUGAAAUUAUUUAAGAAAUUCUCAUUUCCAGUUGUUUUAAUUGAUGAAGCUGUUCAAUGUACUGAACCACUAUCUUUAAUACCAUGUGUUUAUAAUCCAAGUCAAUUGAUACUAGUGGGUGAUCAUAAGCAAUUAGGACCAACUGUAUUAAAUAAGGAUGUUAUUAAGUGUGGAUUUAAACAAAGUUUAUUUGAAAGGUUGUUAAAAUUAGAUUAUAUUCCUUAUUUAUUAACUAUUCAAUAUAGAAUGAUUAUACCACUUUGUGAGUUCCCAAGUGAAUAUUUCUAUUCGGGACUGUUAAAAACUUCUACCAAACCAUUCUUAAGGAACUUGUUCAUGCCAUCUAAUUUCUUUUAUUGUUGUGAUGGUAAAGAAGAAGUUUCCCAAAGUGGAACUUCUUAUGUUAAUAAAAAAGAAGCUGUAUUGGUUGAAAAUGUUACCAGACAUCUUUUUAAGAAUGGUAUAUUAGAAUCUCAGAUUGGAAUCAUUACACCGUAUGAGGGUCAAAGAUCUCAUAUUUUAGAUAAUUUACAGGAGGCUGGUAAUCUAGAAAUAUCAAAUGUUGAUGGAUUUCAAGGGAGGGAAAAAGAUUUUAUCAUAGUUUCAUUAGUUAGAUCUAAUAACUACCAAGGAAUUGGAUUUGUUGCUGAUAGAAGAAGAAUGAAUGUAACUUUAACUAGAGCUAAGUAUGGACUAGUAAUAAUUGGAGAUCCAUUUACUCUUAAUAAGUGUUCAAUGUGGGCUGAUUUACUUGCUUUUUAUGAUAAUAAGGGACGCAUAUUGAAAGGAUCAUUGAGUAAUUUAAAGAAUGUUGAUUUAAAAACUCUUAUUAAUUAA